UUAGCAACAGCGUUCCAAAUGAAGUAUUUAUUUUUAAUGUUGUUGGGCACUUCGGUGACUGCCCAAUUCACUAGUAACUUUUACAAAAUUUUGGCCACUGAUACUUUGGAUAAAAACCUAGCUACUUCGCCCAUUUCCAUUGAAAUCUUGAUGCGUAUGGUUUACAUGGGAGCUGGGGGAUCCACAGCCCAAGAACUGAGAAAGGUACUGAAACUGCCCGCCGAUAAAAAGGAAGUGGCCGAAAAGUACAAGAAACUCCUUACCAAUCUCGAAGGACGUAAGAGGUUAGCCAUCCUUGAUUUGGCCAACCGCAUAUACGUCAGCGAUGAAUACCAGUUAAACUCGGAGUAUAAUAAGCUGGUUAAAGAUUCCUUUAAGGCCGAAGCCAAAACUAUUAACUUUAAAAGUCUCGGCAAUGCAGUUUCGAUUGUCAACAAGUGGGUAAACGAUCAGACGAGCGGCCGGAUCCGGGAUAUAGUUUCACCCAAAGAUUUGGGAGCGGAUCUAAAGGUGGCACUCUUGAGUGGUAUAAAUUUUAAAGCCCAGUGGCAGUACAAGUUCGACCCCAAGAAAACUUUCAUUGCCGAUUUCCAUGUCACUGCCAAAAAACGCGUGCCUGUCGAGAUGAUGACUCUAAUUGGCUAUUUUGAGGUGAAACUUAGUUUUCGCCUAGAUGCCCAUAUGAUCGAGCUACCUUUCCGGGAUUCCAGCCUAUCCAUGUUCAUCUUUUUGCCCUUUAAAGUCGAUGGCUUAAAGAAACUUGUGCCCAAGAUUGGAACCUACUUCUACAGUCGUCCCGAAAAAGAGAAGGUGGUCUUAAAACUGCCCAAGUUUAAAAUCGAAUAUUCCGCAGAUCUAAGUAGAGUUCUUGAAAAGAUGGGCAUGCGAGAUACAUUUGGAGGCUCUGCGGACUUAAGUGGUCUUUUGAAUUCGUCAAAGGUCCCGAUCAACAAGGUCUUCCAAAAGGCCUUUAUAGAGCUUGAUGAAGAGGGUGCAGAGGAGCCUACUGUUCCAGUUGAUAGACCUUGCAGGCAAUGCGAAUGGGAUUUUAACGCAGAGCAUCCGUUUGCAUAUGUCAUUCGCGAUCGCGAACAGAAUACUACUUACCUUCAGGGACAUUUCGUUAACCCAGAAAAAUAAAAUACAAUUUACAAACAAAUUAAAGAAAAUACAUAAUAAGAUAAGCCACAGUUUAAUAAAUAUAUUUGUUUGGCACGACAAUUUUCGUACAUAUAAUAAAUGGCAAUAUUUUAGGAAGUCCUUUUGUCAAAUAUUUUGAUUCUUGUAAUUAGGUUUUAAAUUAAAUUGGAUACACAUUUGAAAAAGCCGGAAAAAGAGUUAUUAAAUCAAAGCAUAUUAUUUA